UAACAAAAAUAAAGACGCAGAGUCUGAACUGAGCCAAUAUAAUGUUUUUGCACGCGUAAAAGUCCUUCGUAGUCUUCCUUUCCUCUUCGCUCACACCAUAUCCAAUACUCGCAGCGCACGUUAGCAUCACCGACAAUGGCCACCUCUCGCCCUCCACCCCAAGUGCCUCUCGAUCUCGACCUCACAAUAAUCUCUGCAAAACACCUCAAAAACGUAAACUGGAAAACUGGAGCCCUCAAACCUUACGCAGUCUUCUGGGUCGACCCGAGCCGCAGACUCUCAACAAAGUCCGACGAAUCCGGUUCGACCCGACCCGUCUGGAACGAGCGAUUCACGCUCCCUCUCACCUUCGCUCUUCGCGACUCCUUCCUUACCCUAGAAAUCUUCCAUUCCAAGCCAAGCGAAACCCCCAAACCCCUCGUUGGCACUCUCCGGGUCGCAUUAAAAGAUUUAUCCGACCCCGAUGACUCAAACCGGGUCCGGACUCUUGAACUAACCCGACCCUCUGGUCGCCCUCAGGGUAAAAUCAGAAUCAAACUCGGUGUGCGUGAAAGACCGUUUUCUCCUCAUCCACCGCCGCAGCCAGUUUACGGAAUUACCGCUCCACAGAGCUAUUAUUACAGUGGCGCUGCUAUCCCACCACCUCCUGACUAUAGGCGCCUGUCUAUGGCGCUUCCAGCGUCGCUCUCCCCCCCUCCCCCAUCCGCACUGCAUUAUGGUCCCUACCACGACGCCUACCCUCCUCCGUAUUAUCCAGGAUAUCACUCCUCUGCGCCGCCGCCACCCACGCCGCCAAGGCCCUUUUUUGAUCGGACGAUGGGUAGCUACGGCAGUGGGCCCUCUGCGCCGGUUGAUUAUGGUAGUUAUGAUACUCAGAGGGAGAGGCAUAAAGGAGGGAAGAGUAUGGGGUUUGGAACGGGAUUGGCUGUGGGUGCCGUUGCUGGGGCUCUAGGUGGACUUGCAUUGGAAGAGGGAUUGAAACACGAGGAUGAGAAAAUCGCAGAGAAAGUGGAGAAUGAUCUCUCUACGCGUGACGAUUAUAGUGAUUAUCGUGCUGAUUACGGAUGUUAAAUUGUGGUUUGGUGAGGAGUUAUUUACCGUGUUCAGUUUGUCAUUCCACGGGUUUAUAUAUGUAUAAUCAAUCUAUGGUUAAUCUGGGUGCUACUGCUCGAGAUUUCAACAUUGUAUUGGAAGGAAUAAAAUCUGCUUUUAUCUGCUUUUGCUGCAUCUAUAUGAUGGUUAAUUUUAGUGGAAUCAUGAUAAUUAUUCUGUAUGUACAUGAGUUUGAUUGAGUUCAGCUACUAAGCAAGUCCUGUAAUAUAACUCCACAUUAUUACAGGUUCAGGUUUUCGGUUUGAGUUGAGUCGUUUUGAUUUACUCUCUGUGCGUGUAUUUUGAUGCUUGGAUUACUUUUAAUUAGUCUGGCAACUCUAGGGCCUGAUGUUCUUGAUUGUUAGUGGCAUCCUACACCCUUUCAUUGAUCUAGUUGGUUUCAAACUUGAACAACAAAUGAGGCGGCUGCAAUGUGAAGGGCGAAAUGAACGUGUCAAAUAUUUGUCUUGUUCAAAGGCCUGCCUCAUUAUCCGCUCUCUUCAUGGAGUUGGAACUAAAUUCCUACUUCUUUUUGAGACCUGUGCUUGCUGAGAGGGGAAGGGAGAAGGAAGUCGAUCAUUAACUUUGUGCUAGAAGUUUUGAGUGAUCAAAUCAACUGUUUGAUGCAUUAUAUAAGGCUUCUGAUAUUUCUUCUUUCCUUCCAUCUGUCUCUUUCUGAAUGCCCUUUGUGCCUCUAUUUCUCGCGAACCAUGAAAGGUUAGUUUUGAAGAGAAGCAAACUAGUAGCUGAUUGUGCGCUCAGUCAAAGAAAAGCAGAGUAAUGCUGAUACAGAUGUUGUAGUGGCGCUGACAACCAAAGCAAUAUGGAUGUUGAGAUUAUCUGAGAAAGUGUUUGUUUUGUUUUCAUCUGCUCAUCCUUAUUGAAUAAUGCUGCUGUAGUGCUUGACUCUGCUGUUGCCUGCAACUUCAUACAAGUUUAUGCGCGGCUCAGUGGUAGCUGUUUUCCUCUUCUUCAUACCACCUUCUCGCUUUCAUCAGUGGGUCUGCACUCUUCCUCUCCACAUCACAUCACCAUUCUUUCGCGAUUCCUCUGUAUAUGUUCAGCUUUGAAUAGCCUCAUUUUACUGGAAGAUUACUAAAUGCAGAAACCGUGUUGUUUAUCCAAGAGGAAUGUUCUUAAUGUAUAUAUGUACCUUGUAUCUGGUAACUUACUAAACUCGUGGCAACAUGAAGUUAGGGGA